AAAGAUACAGAUUGAAAGUUUCUUGUUUUUCUUUGUUUUUUCAUCCAAUGGCUAUAAAGCGUAAUAAGACAGCAAUUAUAACUUGAAACGUAAUUAAAAAUAAUAAUUAUUAAUUACGUAGGUACAAAGCUCCAUAAGUUUCUGACGGGUACCGUUGACAAGCUAGGAGGUAUAUAGGGGCUCGGCCAAUAAGCUGGCUGCGUAGCCAGUGCCGUCAGAGUCGGCGAUGACGUCAUCAACAGAGAUCGAGGAAUCACAUUGUAGUGGGCCAUACUUUUCAUUAACGCCGUCAAUACAAUAAUGCAAAUGUCAGUCGGUUGAUUUCACGCGUUCCCACGCCAUUCGUUCCCUUUGUUCAGCUCAACGAUAUCACCUAAUGGUUGUGACCUUUCUUGUCUUUACAGCAUAAAUUCAGGCGCAGGAGAAACAAACAAUUACAUUAUCUUUACAGAAUUUAGCCUGUGGCCAUGGCUGAGGAUCAGGAGCCCGAGUAUUGCGACCUGAUACCCAACAUGGUCGAAGAGACUGCGCUUCUCUGUCUGGCAAAGCUGCCUCCUCCAAUAGCGGCGGUGGGUCGGUGCGUGUGCCGCUCGUGGAGAAAAGCCCUCGCUAAUCCCAUUUCUCUCCGCCGCUCUCUCAACAUUCCCCCAGACCACCGCCUCUUCCUCGCCCUCUUCCAGACAGAGUGUGAUCCGGGCUACCUGCAGGCAACUCACCACAACACGGAAUGGUUGCUCUUGCGCCAAUCCUCCUCAUCCUCUUCCUCUUUCCCCACCUUCUCUCUGUGCAACCCUCUCUCUCAAAUCUCCUCCCGCAUAAACCUGCGCAGCGCGGCGGCAAACGGCAGCGUGUUGUUACCGGAACUCCCCGCUCUGGUCGACAACAAAAUCGUGGGGUUCCAGUCUUAUAGCGUGGAAGACGGACGGUGGCGCGUUGUUCCGUCUUUCCCGCCGGGCUAUAAAGAUAUCAGACUCUACGCAUGCGCAGCGCUGGGCGAUUUCGUUUAUUUCAGCGGCGGGCGGAACGAGCUGAACGGACAGGCAACAGCAAGUGGUGUCCGGUACGACACGGUGAACCAGCGGUGGGAAAGCCUACCGGACAUGAUAAUGCCGCGCAUCGAUUGCACGGGGAUUGUUUUGGAUGACAAAUUUGUUGUAAUCGGAGGUUCUUACAAGGAUGGAUGGUGCACGCGCGUGCACACUUCGGGUGAGGCAUACGACCCGGAGACAGGCAGAUGGACGCUCCUCCCCGAUCUGUGGGCCAACGGACUGAACUAUGUUGAGGAGUCGAAUGCUGCGCAACCGGCAGUUGCAGUGAUAGGGGGUCGCACGCUCUACGCUAUGCAGUCACACUCGAACGACUUAAUGAGAUUUGAUCCCUCGACCAACAGGUGGGUGGGCAUCGGAAACGUUGGACGUGUGUGUGAAUCGAGGUACCGUUUGCGUUAUAAGCUGGUGGCGAUGGGAGAGGAAGUGUGGGUGAUAACGCACGCCAUGGGAACGGACAUCCGUAUCUAUUGUUGCUCUCCAUCCAGAAAUUGUGCGGAUAUCAAGUUUACAGAAUUGAAAGUGGCCGGAGUAGAAGAUUUUGACCAUGUUUUGACGUGCGCGGUCUUGUCUCUGUGACUGGUAAAGAAUAAAAACCUUUCUUCACCUGCUCUGUGUUUUCAAUUGCGUGAAAUAUGGUCCAUUUCGUUCCUUUUCUGGGUAAAAUUCUCGUUUCUAAAAUGUACUGGAAAAAGGAUCCAUUCCGGCUUCCACGUCUGUAAAUAGACAUGCGGAUAGGAAACAGGGGCCAAAUGACAUUAAAUUAAGUGUGUUGUUCGUGUAUGUAAAAGUUUUACCUAUAUGUUACAAGUUUAGCCUA